AUGUCGCUCUUGUUGCGGAGUACGCCGACGCCCUGUGCCGACUUGGACUCGUACCGAUGUGCCGUUGCUUUGAACAACAUGGGCGUGGCUCUUCUGGAACGCUGUGCGUACCGACAAGCACUGGAUACGCUCAAAGAUGCCGUGGUGCUCAUGAGGGGCGUCUUCGACUCGACUCCCUUGUCUCGCCGGAACCAGCGAGAUCGAGCUCGAGACUGCACCGUGUUGCUGGAGAAGGCCUACCACCGCACGGCGCAUCCCCAGCCAGCACCCGGACAUUCCAUGGUAGAAAUCCUGUCGCCCAGCGGAACGUUGGCCGCCAUUUCGUCUCUACUCCAUCGACACGGUCCCGCCCUGUUGCCUCCGUGUUUCCCUAUCAAGAUCGAAAACUUUGAUCAGGAAGCCCGCAAUGCGGAUUUGGACUCGGCCAUGGUCCUGCACAAUUUCGCUACCGCACACUUGUGCCUGUCCCGGUUCGCCCCCACGGCCUUGCGCGCCAUCUUUCUCCGCAAAGCCGCGCUGCGGCUCGCCAAACUAUCCCACCAAGCCUUGUCCAACGUCAUUGUUGUCUACCACGAACGGUUCCUGGACGAGUCCGUCUUGGGAGAAGCCAACCUCGUUUUGAUCGCCGGGAGUGUACUGAAUACCAUCGUACGCAUCCAAUUGGAAAGUGGACAACUCGACGGAGCGGAAGAAGCUUACCGAAAGCUUCGUCUCCUCGGGUCCGUGGUGGGUGACGACACCGGCACGCAGCCAGCCAAACGCCACUCGGAAGAAGCGGCGGCCGCGGCGUAAUAUCAGCGUUUCGAACGGAAACCAAACCCUAUAGUAGUAGUAGCUGUGUUAUUCAUAUCAUACCGACUGGAAAAGGAAAACGUAUUACGGGUAGUGGUAUCCACGCCCAGUAGAAGAAAGCUGGUCCAUAGCUUUUUAGGGUAGGUCGCUACAUUGACAAAGGUUCGUACGAGGCACUUGGUCUUCCAGAACAAACAAAACAACAUCUUUCCAAUAGUGCCGUGCCGAUCAAUCUUUUGCGAUGAUUGCUACUUACCCGUGAGAGUCACCAAAACUCGUAGUCAGUCGUACCCCGGCUGCUUUGUCAUUGCUUUUCG